GGCCUCCCGGCCCCGCGGCUGGUCUUAGUGCUCCCCCUAGACCUGCACAUGCCCAGAUGCGGCGCCCCACCAGGCCCCGGACGCGGACGCCAGCUUAGCUUCUGGCCGGGUCCCCCGCCCCACUUCCUUGGAGAAGCCGGAACCCCGCCCACUCACCGCCCGCGCCGCGGAGGCUUCUGGGAAUUGUAGUUCUGGCUCUCCGAGCCCAAAUGCACUUCCGGGUUCGGCCACAAGAGCAGCCAUCGUCCCGCGCGCGGACGCUUGCUGUCGCCGAGCAGCUCGGCCCUUCAGAGUUAACCCCCAGCGGCCUUGCGGAUGCUGACUAGGAGAGGGGACCGAACUAGCUUAACCCGAGUCGGCCGUGUUGCAGAAUCGGGGCAGGGGCUUGCUUAACCCGAGUUCGUCCUGCCGCAGAGCCGUGCUAGGCACUGAGGCGGUGACAGGCCCAGCCUGGGCUGCGGGCCAGCGGACGCCCAGGUUGGUAGGGGCGUGGGGCAGCGCUUGGUGUCCGAUGCGCGCAUGCGCAGGGUCUACGCGGGAAGCUGGAAGCGGUGUGCAGCUCAGGACCUCAGCACCCUGCUGUGCCUGGAGGAGAGCAUGGAAGAGCAGGAUGAGAAGCCCCCAGAGCCCCCGAAGGCCUGUGCACAAGAUUCUUUCCUUCCUCAAGAGAUUAUCAUCAAAGUCGAGGGAGAAGACACUGGGUCUCUGACCAUCCCAUCUCAGGAAGGAGUGAACUUCAAAAUUGUGACUGUGGACUUCACACAGGAGGAACAGGGUACUUGGAACCCUGCUCAGAGGACCCUGGACAGAGAUGUGAUCCUGGAGAACCACAGGGACCUAGUCUCUUGGGACUUGGCAACCGCAGUUGGAAAAAAAGAUUCAACUUCAAAGCAGAGGAUUUUUGAUGAAGAACCAGCUAAUGGAGUGAAGAUAGAAAGGUUUACAAGGGAUGAUCCUUGGUUAUCUUCAUGUGAAGAAGUUGGUGAUUAUAAAGACCAGUUGGAGAAGCAACAGGAAAAACAAGAGAUACUUUUGCAGGAAGUGGCAUUCACUCAAAGGAAAGCAGUUAUUCAUGAGAGAGUCUGCAAAAGUGAUGAACCUGGGGACAAGAGUGGUCUGAAUUCCAGUCUAUUUUCACCCCCAAUUAUACCCAUAAGAAACCAUUUUCAUAAACAUGUAUCACAUGCUAAAAAAUGGCAUCUUAAUGCUGCUGUAAACAGUCAUCAGAAGAUUAAUGAGAAUGAGACACUAUAUGAAAAUAAUGAAUGUGGAAAACACCCUCAGAGCAUUCACCUUAUUCAGUUUACAAGAACUCAAACAAAAGAUAAAUCCUAUGGAUUUAGUGACCGUAUUCAAUCUUUUUGCCAUGGUACACCCCUACAUAUACAUGAAAAAAUUCACGGAGGAGGAAAAACCUUUGAUUUUAAAGAACGUGGGCAGGUUUUGAACCCCAAAAUAUCCCAUAAUGAACAACAGAGAAUUCCUUUUGAAGAGAGUCAAUAUAAAUGUAGUGAAACCUCUCAUAGUUCCUCCCUUACUCAAAACAUGAGAAAUAAUUCUGAAGAGAAACCUUUUGAAUGUAAUCAGUGUGGGAAAUCCUUCAGCUGGAGCUCUCAUCUUGUUGCACAUCAGAGAACUCACACAGGGGAGAAACCUUAUGAAUGUAGUGAAUGUGGAAAAUCCUUCAGCCGGAGCUCGCACCUUGUUUCCCAUCAGAGAACUCAUACUGGAGAGAAACCUUACAGGUGUAAUCAGUGUGGGAAAUCCUUUAGCCAGAGUUAUGUCCUUGUUGUGCAUCAAAGAACUCAUACUGGAGAGAAGCCUUAUGAAUGCAAUCAAUGUGGAAAGUCAUUCAGGCAGAGCUAUAAACUUAUUGCACAUCAAAGAACACAUACCGGAGAGAAGCCCUAUGAAUGUAAUCAAUGUGGGAAAUCAUUUAUCCAGAGCUAUAAACUUAUUGCACAUCAAAGAAUUCAUACUGGGGAAAAACCCUAUGAAUGCAAUCAGUGUGGGAAAUCCUUUAGUCAAAGUUAUAAACUUGUUGCUCAUCAGAGAACUCACACAGGAGAAAAACCCUUUGAAUGUAAUCAGUGUGGGAAAUCCUUCAGCUGGAGCUCUCAGCUUGUUGCACAUCAAAGAACUCACACUGGAGAGAAACCGUAUGAAUGUAGUGAAUGUGGAAAAUCUUUUAACCGCAGUUCUCACCUUGUUAUGCAUCAGAGAAUUCACACUGGGGAAAAACCGUAUGAAUGUAAUCAGUGUGGGAAAUCCUUCAGCCAGAGUUAUGUUCUUGUUGUACAUCAGAGAACUCAUACUGGAGAAAAGCCCUAUGAAUGCAGUCAAUGUGGGAAGUCCUUCAGACAGAGUUCAUGCCUUACUCAACAUCAGAGAACUCAUACUGGAGAGAAACCAUUUGAAUGUAAUCAGUGUGGAAAAACAUUUAGCUUGAGUGCUCGACUUAUUGUGCAUCAAAGAACUCAUACUGGAGAGAAACCCUUUACAUGUAUUCAGUGUGGAAAAGCUUUCAUUAAUAGCUAUAAACUUAUUAGGCAUCAGGCAACUCAUACUGAAGAGAAACUCUAUGAAUGUAACUAGUUUGUAAAUUAGCUGGGAUUUAUUCCUUUUUAUUUCAUUCUUUUAAAAAAUUUAUUUUAAGAUAGUACAUGUAGUUGGAAGAACUACUAUAAAAACAAUAUAUGUGGGAAAACUUCCAGCCCUCUGUUAAUUGUGUGUCUCAAAUUUGUUCUGGAAAAGAAAGGGGGAAAAGUCUAUGAACGACUUUUCAACCUGGCAAUUCCAUAUACAACGUUAAACUUGAUUCUUAUGACAUAUUCCUACGAAAAUAAUAAAUACUGGCACUUUUCCUUGCAGAAAGCACUCAGACCUGAAUCAGAGAAAAUCAUAUGCCAAAGCCAACUACCAGUGUGAGACCUCUUUUUCCAUAAAGAGUAAAUGGAAUGCUAACACUAGUGGGCUUAUUGAGAAAAUUGAAAGGUUGCUGUAGUGUUUAGAACUUAGGCUGGAAAACCAUAUUUUAGUGCAUCAUUUUACUACAUGAUCUUCCAAUUAGAUAGCUUGUAAUCUGUUCCUUACAGCACUUGCUGUUGUUACAUGUGAAGAUUUUAUAAAUUUUAGGAAAGUGUCUAUGAUAUAUAGUGAAAAAUGUGGGAAAAGAAUAUAGAAAUAAUAUUCACUUCUAAAACCAUUAUGAUAAAAUAUUUGUGUAUGGAUUAGAAUAGAAAGGGAUUAUGGAUGUAUCUAUUCAAUUUCUCAGUUUAUGUUGGGCCUUCCUUUUUGGAAUGUAUGCUGUUAUGCUAUGAUAAAUGAUAUAAUGAGUAAAAAUUAUUCAAAACCAAAAA